GUACAUUCCACAUUAUAUGCUCACAUCAGAUCAAACUUUUCUAAUAUUUAUUAAUUGUAAAUUCUUAUUUUAACUCCGUAUUAUUGUGCGCAGAUACUAUAUUGUCCAUUAUUUUAUUAACAUACUAAAUCACAUUGCACAUAAUGACAGAUAAUAUUUGUCAUUCAAUAUUGAGGACAGCAACACAACAAAUCAUACAUAGUGCUGGUUUUGAGUCUGCUAAUGGUCAAUCUAUUGACACGCUUACUGAUAUUUUUGGGAAGUAUAUUCAGUUUUUAGGCUCUACAGUUUCAGCUUAUGCUAAUUUGAAUGGCAGAACAAUGGGCACAGCAAGAGAUUUAAUGGAAGCCUUAGAUGAAAUAGCUGUUGAUACCAAUGUAUUGAAAGUUUGGUUAGAAGAAGAUGGAAAAACAUUAACUCCCUGUUGGUCAGCGCAAUCAGACCCAAGUCGACUUCUUCAAGAUGUAAUCAAUGGUGGAAAACCAACUUUUGAUGACAUUAUUGAAUACACUUUUGGAGAUGUGCCAGAAUUCGAUAUACCUUCACCUUCUUCUUCACCUUUAAUAGACUCACCUUCUCCUCCACCACCUGUCGUAGAAUUACCCGACUACAUUCCAUCCUACUUUCCAUCAUUCCCCGAAGUUAAAGAAGAUAUUGAAAUAGAACAAGUCGAUAAAAUACCUAUACAAAAACAACAAGCAUUAGAAAAACAAAAACAAGAGGAACAGCAAAAACAACAAAAGCCAUCUUCUGCAGAAUCAUUACCUCUUCCUGUCAUUGUUAAAAAGCGAAAGAAGCCUAUCGAAAACCCAUUUACUCAUAUUAUACCAUUCGAGGAUUCUAGUUUAGCUUUAGAUGAUGAAGACAAUCAACAACAACCAAAGCCUUUGUCAUUAUCAUUAAAAACACAUAGCCAUAAACGUAAAGAGACAAGUGAGGAUACCUUAGUUCAUAAACAAAGAAAAGUGUCUAUUGAACCUUUAGCAGAGGCGCUUCAGAAUGUAAAAGCACCGACUUAUAAAUUGGGAGAGGGUCUAAGAGGGAAAGAGGCUUUACUUAAAGGGCAAACGGCGGAAAGCGCAGCACCCGGUAAUCAUUUAUUUAACCAUGAUGCAGGAAUUUUUGAUGAUUUGGUUCGUAAAGUGGCUGAACCUCUUAUCGUUUCAAAAUUAACAGCACCUAAUUUGUUAAUCGAUAUUGCUACUGCUACUUCGAAUUCAGCAGCACCUGCUAUAUCAACACUUGCUGGUUUUAGUGGAUUAUCCAAUGAAUUUGGUUCCUCUAGCUCAUUACCUACUUCACCUGAUGGCAUGUCAAAGAUCUCAAGAUCAAAUAGUAUGUUGGCUGUAUUAGCAGGUGGCAGUAUGUCAACAAAGGCAGCAGCAAUAAAGAAGCUAAGCAAAUUGACAAAAUCAAACUCAUUUUCACAAUCAAUUCCACCUUCAUCAUUUGGCGCCAAUUAUACCAUUAGUAAAAAUAGUAUUGAUAUUAACGAGAUCAAAACAGGGGAGAGUAAAUAUAUCAUGAAGAAAAAACGUAUGUUAGCAGAGCAGCAGGCAUUAGAAAGACAAAGGUUACUAGAACAACAGCAAAAGGAGAAUGGAGAAAUGCCAUCUAAUUCAGAUUCUACAAUUCUAUUAUCAACAACAUCAACGCCAACACCACCUACAACCACACCAACAUCACCAACAUCACCACCAUCAUCAACAACAACACCAACACCAACAACUAUGGUAAACAUAUCCUCUAUGACAGCAGCUACGCCUUUACAUAAACCACAAUCAUCUAUAUCUACUGCAUCUGCAAUAGUAACCACAAAGUCAACACCAACGUCAACAAUAACGAAAACAGGGCCCAUAUCACUUAAUUCUUUUUCAUCUGCAAUUGCAGCUAGUUCUAACACUAAUAAUAUUAGCAUGUCUUCAAGUCCAUCAUUAGAAAAGAAAAAGAAACAUAAAAAAUCCCCUCAUCUUGUAUUGAAUUUUUCACAACAAAACCCAUCUUCUGUAACCCAAAUAAAUGAAGAAAGUGGGUCAUUACCUAGUACACCUAAGAUUAGAUUCAAAAUCAAACCUCCAGAACAACAACAAGAUAAUCAAACUAGCAAGUCAAACUCGCCUAAUGAAUCUUCCCCUAAUGGUCAUAAUAGCACAAUUGUUAAAUUAGAAAAGCAACAGCAGCAGCAGCAGCAGCAGCAGCAGCCUCAGCUUCGAUUAUUCCAACAGCCACAAUCACCAGCAGUAACACAACGUACAACUGCUACUACUCCUUUAGCUAAUGGACAUAUGGCAUCAGAAGAGAUCCGAUGUAUAUGUGAAAAUCCAACAGUUGAUUAUGGUACAUUCAUGAUUGCUUGUGAUAAGUGUAGUAUUUGGUUUCAUGGUAGUUGUGUUGGAAUAGCUGAAAGUGAUCAUGUUGAAGAGUGGUAUUGUAGACGAUGUAGGAAAUAAAAAAAAAAAUAAUAAUAAUAAAUACAUGUACAUAUAAUCUAUUUUUAUCAUUCUUGUUUAUUAAAUAACAUGUAUUGCUUGUAUACAAUUGAUGAGCAUUCUACAUGAUAUUCAUAUUGAAGGUAAUAAAUAAAAAACUUUUACCUGUAUAUGAUGAUAUAUUAUAGACGUGCAUCAUAAUACUUUUUUUUUUUCUGCAAAUCAUAC